AUGGACGAAGAACUUCAUCAUUGGGAGACUCCUUCGUCCAUAGUGUGCGAAGCCUGGAAAUCUGAGAAAACGUGGAUUCUGAGUGCUGCGGGGACAUUCUCCAUCGUUAUGAUGAACAUGGAGAGGUUUAGCAGCACUAUUAAAGAAGGGCGAGGAAAAAGGCUUUCGAGCGAUGAAAGUAAGGAAUUUGAAAUGCGCCGAAAGCCAGGCAAUCGGAUACGUUGCGCCCUUCAACAACAUGAAUGGGAUUUGAAGAAGCACACUAGAGGCACUGUAAUUAAGUGUCUUGGUGUACUCAGCCAACACCACAUAAUGCUGGAAGUCUUAGAAACAUGA